UUUUUAAUGAUAGCAAUUGAAAUCUACGACAAAGUUCGUCCUUGUCUAAGCCCGGUUUAGGAUACACUCGAUCAAUUUUCCAGGAUAGGAACUUGAGAAAUUUGUGUUUUGAACUUUGUCAAUUUUGAUGCUGUAGACAUAAUAAAUAGGAGAUCAAACAAUUUUAGUAUAGAAUUGCAGCAUACUCGAGACGCGAUCUGACUAGGAAAAAUUGCGACUAGAUCUGGUUACAAACCCCAGCAUCUUCCGUGAGGAGGCAUAAAAUUAAAUAUUUCAGAUACAGCAAUCAUAUAUUUAAGAACUUUGAUAUCUAUAAUACGAAAAUAUGGGCAAUUAUUAUUCGCGUGAAGUGACAUACAACUGGAAGAUUGAAGAUCUACAUGGAAUAGAACCAGAGUGGUUAAAUUCAGAAACUUUUGGAUUUCCUGAUGACGAUUUUGUUAGUUUCUGUGUAUUCGCUACUACAUCGCAACGUUGGUUAGGUUGGGAUUGUUGGAAUUAUCAUGUAAAAAUACUACUACACGGAUUGAUUAAAAAUAAAGCUGAUAUCUCAUUAAAAAUAAAUGACAGUGAGUUAAAACACAUGAAUAUGAUAAAUUGGAAUAACUAUAGUGAAGAAUUUAUUUUUGAAGCUGCUCAUUUUCAACCGCCUCAUAAUAUUACUUGUACGAUAAAAAUUCAUAAAGACAAUAAUAUUUUAGCAUUAGUCAAAGCUUCUCAAGAAUUGGCUAAUGUCCAAGAUUAUUUUUUAUCACCGGAAUUAAGUGAUAUUAGUAUAAAAGUAGGCGAAGAAGAGUAUCCCGCUCACAAACUAGUACUGGCAUGUCAUAGUAUGGUUUUUAAAAAAAUGCUUGAUACAGAAAUGAAAGAAAAGCAAGAAAAUUGUAUUGAUCUAAGUGAAUUUGAUGCUAAAACUAUUAAAGAAGUUAUUAGAUUUUUAUAUGGAAGAGAAAUUGAGACAAAUGACCUUGAUUUACUUCUAAAAUUGUCAUCUUUUGCUCACAUGUAUCAAAUUAAUAGAUUGAAGGAUUAUUGUGAGUCGAAACUACUCACCAGUUUUCAAGUUGAUAAUAUCGUUAAAAUAUUGGUAACAAUUGAUAAUUAUGAUAUGGAUAAAGUGAAGAACCAAGCAAUGAAGUUUCUAAAAAAAAAUAAAUCUGAUGUAUCAUUCAGUGAUGUAAUUGAUAAUAUAAAAAAUUCCACAGUAUUGUGGAACUUUUUAGCCAAUCUCGCUGAAAUGAAGAAAUAAAUCUUUUUUGAUAAAAUUUAAAAUACAAAUAAAAC